AUGGUGAAAGCUACUCGAAGUGAACUGAUCGGCAACAGACGUGGUAAUUCAAUUGCUCGAGAUGAUGGUACUCUCAAUCGCCCACAGCUAGUUGACGAAUCAAGCGAUUCAGACGCUACUCCUACUCCUGUUCCAACUCUUGUACCUUACGAGUUGGACUCCAGUGCAUCUCCGGUCUCUGAUCCAGUUGCUACAGAGCAAGCUGCUGCCGGUGAAGUCUCUGCAUCUGCUUAUGCAACGGCCCAUGAACAACCUACUGACAGCGAAUCAACGCCGGCGUCUCACCCUGAACCUGUUCCGGUUACAGUUGAAUACCCAGACGAUUGUGUUGAUCCAGAUAUUUCUGUUCAAGAUCAAUUUCGCCAAGAGAAGAUGAAGAAAAGACAAAAUCCAGACACCGAGGUACCUGAAUCAUCCAGGAAGCGUCGCACUAAGAAAGGUAUUUCCAAGUCUCCUGGCUUUGAUUCCUCACGCUUUGUGUCUCGAGCUGCUCAGUUACGGUAUAAUAGCUUCAUCUCUCGUCGGUUUAUUCAAGAACGCCGUGUUGAUAUUCUCAAGGAAGAUACUUGGGGUUAUUGUCAGAAGAUUAAGGAUGUAGGUUUAGAGGAACUUGCUUUUGAACUUGCUGAUUAUGUCAAAGCAAUUGUAUGUGAGUUUUAUGCUAAUCUCCAUUCUGAGAUGUCCCCUUCUGGUGUUCAAGUGUUUGUUCGAGGUCAGAUGUUCGAGUUUUCUCCAACAGCUAUUAAUCGUGCAUUGCUUCAGAAGCCUCUGACUAAAGCAGAACGUCGAGCAGAUGCAACUGCUAAUGAUGUUGCAAUUGAUCAGGUUGCUAGAGUUCUUAGUGGAAAAGAUAAAUCUAACUGGAGAGGUUUAAGUGUCAAGAAUUUACCUGCUGGAGUUGGUGCAUUGCUUAUGAUUGCUGCUUGCAAUUUGGUUCCAUCCUCACAUAAGAAUCAUCUUGCUGAAAAACGGGCCAGGGUAGUUUACAAAAUUCUUCAAGGUAUUCGGUUUGAUGUAGGUCAGCUGGUCUAUGAACAAGUCAUGACAUGGAAUUCAAUUCAGAAUGAUGAUAAGCGUUGGCUGAUCUUUCCGCGAGUUAUCACUGAGUUGCUGCUUGUACAGGGCGAUAUUAUUGGUGAAGAUGAGGACUUUAUUGUCGCUGAUGACUAUGUGAAAGAUCCUCGCACUGGUGAAGUUUAUGCUAAGAAGUAUCCGGGUGAUGACAGUUUUGGGUGUACUGCUGCUUCUGCGCAUGAGGAUCCUGCUUCUGGUCAUGAUGUUAUUCAGCUUGGGGAAAUUCGUCUACCCCGUAGUGGGGAUAACAGUGACGCAGCAUCUUAUGCAGCUUUGGUUGAUACUGCUGUUGUUCUGAAAAAGCUUUCGGAUGAUGUUCUGAAGAAACUUACUGCAGUUGUUGAUCAAUUGAUUCAGAAUCAUCCCAUGGCCAAGAAAGCUUGA